AUGAAUGAAUUGUUAAAAACGAAAAAAAAUAUAAUCGAUUCGACAAAACAAGUUAAAAUAAUAUCAAGCGAAGGAGAAUCUGAAGAUGAAAUACAAAUGACUUUAGCUCCUUACAUUCAAACAUAUUUAGCACAUUGUAGUUCUGGCGGAGGUUGCGGUUGUUUACCCGUGCCUUUCGAAAGAGCAGCAAGACAUUCGUGGAUUCUUCCUUCGUUCGAUUCCAACAUAUUAGAAAAACAAUUUAAAAUUAGUUCAUUUAAACAAUUUACAAAAAGAUUUAGAUUUGCCUUAAUUUACAUGAUGAUUGUAUCUGGUGCCUGGUUAAUUUUUCUUUUAUGUCAACCAUAUUUGAAUAAUUUAAAAUUUGAAUAUAUUAUUUUUGCACAAUUAUUCAUUUUCGCAAUAUGGAUAUUAUUUUUAACUUAUAAAAAAAUGUAUGAAAAACAUGAUUGUGUCAUCGGUGGAAUCACAGCUCUUCAUUUGGUUUUGACAUCGUUGAUAUUUAUGCUAGCAGCAGGGGGAACAACCAUGGUGUCCCAUUUCACAAUGGCAUGCUCGGUGAUAUUGUCAAUAUAUACGAUAUUCCCACUUCAACCCUACCUAUCCCUAACGAUUUGCCUAUUGUUUUCGAUAACAUUCGAAUGCAUACUUGCAACAAGUCAAAAACAAUUUAUUUUGUUUUAUUAUGGGUUUGUAAUUCGAAUUUUAUGUCAAGUUUGCGUACACAUAAUCGGUUUUCAUAUUUUAGUCAUGACUCAUGUGAGAGUUAGAGGAACUUUUAUGAAGGUGGGUCAAAGGUUAUUAGUUCAAAAACAAUUGGAAAUGGAAAAACAAUUAAAGGAAAAUAUAAUUCAUAGCGUGAUGCCGCCAAAAGUCGCCAAUUGGUUACUGUCCGGAGAACAUGGAGAAAACGUUAGACCUCAAGACGAUUUAGGAUCAUUAUUUAGACCUUUUAAUAUGAGUCGAAUGGAUAACGUUAGUAUUUUAUUUGCGGAUAUUGUAGGAUUUACAAAAAUGAGUUCUAAUAAAACCGCGGAGGAAAUAGUUGACAUAUUAAACGAUUUGUUCGAACGUUUCGACGAUCUUUGCAUUGCUAACGGAUGUGAAAAAAUUUCAACAUUAGGCGAUUGUUAUUAUUGCGUUUCCGGUUGUCCCGAACCUCGACCUGAUCAUGCCAAAUGUUGUGUUGAAAUGGGACUCGACAUGAUAGAUGCGAUACAAGAAUUCGAUAUCGAUCGCGGUGAAGACGUUAAUAUGCGCGUAGGCGUUCACACGGGGACCGUUUUAUGCGGAAUCGUUGGAACUCGACGUUUUAAAUUUGAUGUUUGGUCUAAUGACGUGUCCUUCGCAAAUAAAUUAGAAUCUACCGGAUUACCCGGAAGAGUUCAUAUAUCCGAACAAACGGCUCAUUUUUUACGAGAUUUUUAUUCGUUGGAAAAUUACGAGGAUUUACAAGGUGUAAAAACUUAUCUUAUCAAAUGUAGAACGUCAGUUAUUCGACGAGGGGUCAACGUUGUCGAAAUGACGUCAUCGAAAAAUUUAAACUCGAAUAGGAAAAGUGUUAAUUUCGGUCAUCAAUUUCCGUCGAAAAAAAAUCAUUACCUAAGCUUACUAACCGAUGCCAGAUCGAAAUUCGUAUCGCUUCCCAACGUACUCGGUUCGAAUAGAACAUUGUCUGGAUCCGUGGAAAAAAUAAAUUAUUCUCCAUGGUUGUCAUUUUCCAAAUUGCGUAAAAAUUCUUCGUCAGCGAACGAAUCUUCCAGUUUAAGACUUCCAUCGUUGAAAAAUAUGGAUGAAAUAACGAAUAGCAGGUCUUCGUUGUACAAAGAAGAUGUUUUUUAUAAAAACGAUGAUAAAACGGAAGAGGAAGUGAGUUUGUGUCCGUCUCUUAAUAUUCGAAAUAGUGGAAUACGAAAUGGUUGUAACAACAGGAGAAGCAGCAUUCAACAACAAAUAUAUUUAUUGAACGGUAUAUCCCAGAGUGAAAUGGUUGCACAAAAAAUCGGAAGUUAUUGUAAUUCGAGUCAGUCGACAUUAUCUCCAUUAGAUUCCGAGUCGGACAACGAGUAUGUUAUUAGAAAACCCGUUUCCGAUAAUUUAAGCUCUUGUUUUUAUUCAUUGAGAAAACAAUCGGAUUUGCAAUUGGUUAAAUGCAUAAAAGAUUUAUCACAAAAUAGUUACAUAGUUAACGUUCCGUUAGACGAGCUGACUCUUUUUUUCAAAGAUAAAAAGACUGAAGAGGAAUAUCGUGCAAAUGCUCAUAAAAUAGAUGAAAAAAAAUGUGAAAAUCUCACGACUCUGUCAACAUCGAGGUUCAAUACGUAUUUCGACGUUUUCGUUUCGUGUACCGUAUUUGCGUGCACGACAGUUUCCCUCUACGUUCUUCACGAUCCGUCACCGUAUUUCGUGGGUGCAUCCACUUUGGCAUUUCUCAUCGAAUUCGUAGCUUUUUUCCUUUGUCUCGUUCACUUGGCGAAAACGUCGAGUCGGAAAAUUGACGAAACGACCAAAUUUUUAAGCAAGAAAAUAUUUAACGUUUUUUCAAAAUGGUAUCCGUGGCACGUUUUCGGCGGAUUACAAGUAGACGGUGACGCGACGGCGACGACGUCGAUGACGACGACGACGACGACGACGUCUUUAAUAAAUUUUGACGAUUUUUUAUCGUCGAACGAAAAUAAAAAAUUGUUAUUAAACGUCGAACUUCGGGAUCCCUAUUACACCAUCCUAAUACUAAUCGGUUUGAUACAUUUUUGUAAUUUUACCCAAUUGAAUUUUUUCAUGAAAAGUAUUCUCGCAUUGAUAUCCGGUAUAAUAUACGUAUUGUUAUACGAUAAAAUAAAUCACGGAAACGAUGGUGAAAAUUUAAAAUCUGUUAUUUUCGUGAGUCAGUUUUUACGUAGGAAUUUUUUCGGCAACAAUACGUUCGCGAGUGACGACGACGAGUCGGGGGAGAAAAUAUCAUUUUCCUGUCGCGAAUUAAAAGAAAUAUUAAACGAUUUGUCGGGGAAUGUUGGAGGAGGAGGAGGUAGUGAGAGGAGCGACGGUGAGUUUUACGUCACGAGAGACGGUUUGAAAUUUUUAGAAAUUUUAAACGAAAGGAAAAACGAAUCGUUUGGAAAAGAUGAUUGGAUGAAAAAUAUCGUGGAUGGUAUAAACGGUGCCGCAUUCGCAUUCGACUAUUCCGAAAUAAUAUUAAACGUAUUCAUUGUGAUAUGUUUGGUUUUAUUAUUGAAUCGAGAAUUCGAAAUAAGUUACAGGUUUAGUUAUUAUUGCAACACGGAAUCGAUAAAGGAUAAAAUGAGAGUUCAAAAUAUGAAAAAUCAAGCGGAUUGGCUUUUGGAAAAUAUAAUCCCCAAACACGUGAGCAUAGAAUUGAAAAAUCGUGCAAAAUAUUGUAAAAAUCAUUCAAACGUCGGAAUAAUGUUUGCGAGCAUCGUGAAUUUUAAUAAAUUAUACGACGAAAGUUAUUCCGGUGGAAAAGAAUACCUGAGAGUUUUAAACGAACUCAUAUCGGAUUUCGACGAAUUGUUAAGUUUGAAAAAAUUUGAAAACGUCGACAAAAUCAAAACGAUCGGAAGUACUUUCAUGGGCGCGAGCGGAUUAAAUCCGAAUUUGAGAAAGGAAAACAAAACGGAAAACGAACACAUUUUCCAACUCAUGGAUUUCGCAUUGGAAAUGUAUAGGGUCGUGGAUGUUUUCAACACGGAUUUAUUAGGAUUUAAUUUGAUAUUACGUGUCGGUUUCAACGUGGGAGAAGUUACCGCGGGAGUCAUAGGAAGUAGUAAAUUGUUUUACGAUAUAUGGGGAGAUGCUGUGAACGUCGCGAGUCGAAUGGAUUCGUGCGGAGUCGAUGGAAGAAUUCAAGUUCCUCAUUCAUGCGUGAAAAUACUCUCGGAAAAAUACAAUUUGGAACACAGGGGUCAAAUAUAUAUAAAAGGAAAGGGAGAUACUUUGGUUUACUUGACGAAUAAUAAAUGGUAG